GUCAAAAUGGCCGAAUCAAAACAUUUUACUCGGUGAAACGAAGGACAUAUAUUCGGGUGGCGUCCAAACUACUACUCAAGCAGCCAUUGAAUACGACUACUCUACCGACAAACACGCGAAGGGAUAACGAGAUGAGAGUUACUUGCCCUUGACAUGGCAUGAUUCCUUGAAUACAUGUCCAAGUGGAUCAUGUUCUGUGCCCCGGACAAUUUCGCUGACUCAGUGGCCCAGUGUUGCUAUGGUUACUAUAAAAGUAUGCCCAAAACUGGAAAACCAACCAUGGGACAAGAGUGGACAUUGCUGUCUGCUGUUGUCAUGACUACACAAACAGAGACUGGCUGCAGUAUGAAGGUGGUUGGCAUGGGGACAGGUUCCAAAUGUAUCGGGAAGUCCAAGAUGAGUAAAGCAGGUGAUGUCAUAAAUGACAGCCAUGCUGAAAUCAUCGCAAGGAGAUCCUUUCUGUGCUACCUGUAUGAGGACCUGAUGGCAGUGUACGGGGGGAGCCGGGGCGAGGUGUUCUUGCCUCCCCAGCAGCAAGAUGGCCGCCAUAGAUGCACGGUGAAGCAGGGUGUCCACUUCCAUUUCUUCACCAGCCAAACUCCAUGUGGCGAUGCUUCCAUUUUCCCCAGACCAGAUGAAGAUGCUGUGGAGGUGAUGGGGUCAGUAGCUGCUGAGGGUUCUCCUGAACCUAAGUCUGGAGGACACAGGAAGAGGAAGUACCCACCUACAGAAGCCUCCCAGGAUGCAGCACACAAGAUGGCUAAACCAGACGUCACUGUUACAGAUGUACCCUGUGUGGAGGGAGAGGCUGCAAAAGAGCCUGGUUCAAGUUCAGGGCAGGACCUACCUGGCAGUCGUCCUGGACAUGGAGGAAUGGGGAGAAGAUUAGAGGAAGGGUGUUGUCACAGUCAAGACUGUUCUGACACUGCUGAAAAUGAUGUUGGUCAUGUUGUCGAGAAGUUAAAAAGUAACACAAGUACAAACAAAGUUGGGAGACAAAAAGUGAUAGAGACAGCUGUUCUCACUGGAAAGGAGGCAGGUGACCUCGAUAGAAACAUAUUCCAGAAGGAGGCAGGUCAUCCUGAUGGACAGGUGUCUCAAAAGGAGGCAGGAGAUCUCAAUGGGAAGGUUUUCCAAAUGGAAGCAGCUGAUCUCAGUGGGAAGACAUUCCACAAGGACAAGGGUGAUCUCAGUGAAAAAACAUUCCAUAAUGCUUACACUGAAGGCAAGACGAUCGCAGAGGAAAAACAGCCUCGUGUCAGUUAUGGGGAUGACACAUGUGGAAACGGUGCCAAGUGUGUGCCCGGGGGCGACAUAUUCCGUACCGGUGCCAAGUGUGUGCCCGGGGCUGCUCAAGACCAGCUAGGGUCAGGAUCAGACUACCACAUUGUGGGACUGCUAAGGAUCAAGCCAGGCCGGGGUGAGAGGACAAUCUCCAUGUCAUGUAGUGACAAGAUGGCACGCUGGAACAUCCUCGGUGUGCAGGGGGCUCUACUCAGCCUCUUUCUGGUGGAGCCAAUUUAUCUGAGCACUGUUGUUUUAGGGAGUGGUCCCUACAGCCAUGCUGCCAUGAGUAGAGCUCUGAUUGAGCGUGUGGAGGGGGUGACAGAGCUCCCCAAGGGGUACCGUGUACACGCCCCCCUCCUGUUGCAGUCCACCCUCAGCUUCCCAGACGGCAGGCAGGAUCAGCAGGCCAGGGCUCCACAACAUAAGCUGGUGCCUUCAUCUGCAGCCAUUAUAUGCUAUCAAUAUGGAGGUGUCCGACAUGUAGAUGCCAGUGUGAACGGCAAGAGACAGGGCGUCACUUCCAAGAACUUACACAAGCCUCAAGCCAGGUGUCUCGUCUGCAGCAAGGAAUUGUUCCUGAGGUUCCAGUCUCUGAUGGCAGCAUCUCAUACAACCUCGUCAAUGUCGUGUUUCAAAGACAUGUCCUGGGCCGGGCUCACCUACAACCAGUGCAAGUCCAUGGCCAAGGACUACAACGAUGCAUGGGCAUGUCUCAGACUUCAGCAGUUUUCAAAAUGGCUACGAAAAGAUAGGACACUUCUGGACUUUUCAUCGUCAGACACAAGUGUUUGAUAUUGAGCCAACAGUGUUCUACUCACAUUCCCUCACCUUCGGAAUACCGGGAUUCUGGAGAGAAUUGGACCACUGUUACUUAUGCUUGUUGUAAGAGGCAAAUAAAUUGGAUCUUGCGGUCAAGAUCUGUGACUUGAUUGCGAACUGAAGAUGCACUGAUCAGUCACUGGUUUAUCUGAAUUGAUUAUUUACAGGCCACCAUGACGAACCUGGAAUAUUGCUGACCUCGGCAUUUAACAACAUUCACUCACUAUAUGAAUAUUCCGGGGUAGAAUAGGUCUUCA